CAAAAAAAUAUUUGUUAAACUGUGAAACAAAUGUUGGCACUUAACUUUGUGCAUUUUGAAUUAGUAAGUUAAAUCGCUCGUACUAUUUUUUAAGACUUGUUAAGUACUAAAUAAAUAUUUAAAAAAUAAUUAAUAUAAUGAAAAUCAUUUAUAUGCUAAUCACGUUUGGAUAUUUUCAAUGCGUCAGUAAAACUCAAGCAUUAUAUAUCUAUCGUUUAGUUAAAGUGAUAAGUUGCAUGAAAGACAGACAUGUUGUUUUAGUUGACGCUAACUUUAACAAUUCAUCACCUUACAUAAAUGAGACGAAUCGCUUUAUUGUCUACAAAGAUAUAACACCAACUAUGAAUAUAACGAUUAAACCAGCAGUUUAUAUGAAAAAAAAAGAAAAUUGGGAUUAUUUACGAACGUUGUCUGAAAAAACAGUGGAUUUAUGUAAAUUUUUGAAGCAAGACAUAGCAAUAUUACCUAUCAUACAAAAAUUUGUUUCCCUUCCAAAAGAAUGUCCAAUGGAAAAAAGUGAUCAAAUAAUUACUAAAAGUCAAGUGCCACCCAUGUUACGACCAUUAGUUCCCAUUGGAUGCUGGAAAUUAAAAUUUGAAUUUUUUGAUACAAAAAAAAUUUUGGUCGGAUGUAUUAAUGUAAUAACGUUGCAAUCGUCUGUUUCAGAACUAGCAUCAAACGAAAAAACGUGUAACUAAACAAAACUUAAACAUUAUAUAUUAUAACUCGAAUAAUAAAUUUAUUGAUAGCAUAUUUUAUAUUAAUAAGAGAAAAUUGCUUAUAUUGGAUUAUUUACUGCAAUUUUGUAAUUUUUUCAUGAACUGAGUAAAACUAACAGUUAAACAAUCUACAUGACAGGUAUUUAGGCAUGUCAGGGAUAAUUUCGAUUAAUUAAUUAUUACUAUUUUUUUAAGAUAUCACCAAGUGAUCAAUAUUUGCAACUAGUUUUCUAGAUUGAACUAUUAAUAGAACCACACU